AUGGGGCGUGUAGCCCUGGACAGUGUCCAGAAAUUUUCAUCUUUACCAGCAUAUCUACCUGUAAAGUAUCAGAUUUCUGGUACCGAGUCCUCAUUUUCCCUUAGAGAAGCCAACCAGGAGUUCAUGAAAAACUCAAGUUUGCAGUCUCGUAUGGAAACCUUCUUUACCUACAAAACUAAGAAGAUGCCCAUCAUCAGUGUUAGCUAUGGGCCAUUCUUGGUGGAGCACCACGUGCCCCAGGAUCUGCUAUUGACUUCCAAUGUUUUUGGGUCCACCAACAAGUUUACAUUCAACUGGAAGCUGAAAGCUUACAUCAUGAGUGAAAAAAUCUACUUGACCAGGCCCAAAGUCCAAGUCCUCUUCUACAUCGUGGGAAGAGAUUGGGAUGACCACAGCAUGUCGGAACAGCUACCUUGCAUGCAAGCUUUUGCCUUUUGGGAAACUCUGGGAGUUCGGGGUAGCUGCAGACUGAAGGGACAGCUGGGAUUGUGCGUGGCUAACCUAGAUCUUCAGCCAACUUGGUUUAACCCACCGACGGUUGUCAGUGGCCGUAAGAAAGCAGCUGAUCGGUCUGAUGGGAUCUCGGUCGAGCUUUAUUACACUAUCCAGCCUGGGGAUGAAAAUGGGGAGUGCGGCACUGAAGACGCAUGGAAAGGAAAUGCUAUCCGUCCAGGAAAAGAAGGGGCAGGGGAAACAAUGUCCCACCUACAGCGCAUUGGGUCUGUCAGUCUCCACCAGGCACCAGAGAGUUCUCAGCUGACUGAGUUGUGGUUGGACAGCAACAUUGUCAUCCAGCUGCCAUUGAAGCCUAUCAAACAGGGGGAAGUUGUGAGUGCUUCCGUGACAGUUACCAACAACAUCACAGUAGAUCAAUUUAUUCUCAGGGCAAAAGUGAAAAAAGGCGUAAAUAUCCUGAGUGCCAAAGUCACUGAUCCGCGGCAGUGGGACGUGAUGCAGGAGGUCAGUAACGGUGGGAAGCAUUCAACUAUUACCGUGAUGUGUCAAAGAAUCACACCAAAUUCACGGAGCAGAAGCAAUAAUAAUAAUAAUAAUCUGCUCAGUGAAGUUGUGCGACUGAGCUUUGAAAUUGCCAGCUUCAGCAGCCUUUCAGGAACACAGCCAAUAUCCUGGCAAGUGGAGUAUCCUCAAAAGAAAAUGACAGAGAUGGCCCUGUCUGAGAUUUUCAUUUGCCAAAAGGAUCUAGUGGGGAUCAUUCCAUUAGCAAUGGACACAGCCAUCCUGAACACAGCCAUCCUCACUGGGAAGACAGUGGCUGUCCCCAUCAAGGUGAUUUCUGUGGAAGGAAACAGUGUGGUGACAGACAUCUCAGAACAGGUGGAAUGCAAGUCUUCUGCGGAGGAUGUGAUUAAAGUGUCUGACAGAUGUGACUAUGUUUUUGUCAAUGGCAAAGAGAUGAAAGGCAAGGUGAAUGCUUUGGUGAACUUCACGUACCAAUAUCUCAGCGCCCCCUUGCGGGUUACCGUUUGGGUCCCACGCCUGCCUCUUCAGAUUGAUGUUUCGGACACUGAGCUGAGUCAGAUCAAAGGUUGGAGAGUCCCCAUCAUCUCCAACCAGAGACCUACGCGGGACAGUGAUGAUGAGGAUGAAGAUGAGCGGAAGGGAAGAGGCUGCACCCUCCAGUAUCAGCAUGCCAUGGUGCGGGUCCUCACCCAAUUUGUGGCUGAAGAUGCCAGCCCAUCAGGGCAACUCUCCUAUUUGUUGGGCUCCGAUUGGCAGGUUGACAUAACAGAUUUGGUGACAGACUUCAUGAAACUCGAGAAACCUCAUGUGGCCCAGUUACAAGGAGGCAAGGUUCUGGUUGGGCAGGAAGUUGGCAUGACAAUGGUCCAGGUCCUGUCUCCACUAUCUGACUCCAUCUUGGCUGAGAAGACCGUGAUGGUGUUGGACGACAAGGUGACCAUCACAGAUAUGGGAGUCCAGCUAGUAGCUGGAUUGUCACUCAUUCUUCAGUCCAGUACAGCAAGCCAUCAAGCUUUUGUGGCUACCACUGUUGCCCAAGAUUUGCUCCAUACUCACAAACAGGAAGCCAUGGUGAGCUCCUGGAUCCAGUUCAGUGAUGGUGCUGUGACCCCACUGGACAUUUAUGACCCCAGAGACUUCUCUCUCUCAGCCUCCUCACUUGAUGAAUCAGUUGUCUCUGCCCAUCAGAGCUCUGCUGUCAAAUGGCCAGUGGUGGCAGCAGAAGGGGAAGGUGAGGGCAUGCUGGUGAAAGUAGACAUGAUGAUCUCCGAAUCUUGCCAGAAGUCCAAGAGGAAGAGUAUCCUAGCAGUUGGCAAUGGAAGCAUCAAAGUGAAGUUUGGCCAGAAUGAUGCCAACCCCCGUGGCCUUGGUGAUUACAGUGCCGAGGAUAUUGAAAACCAUGCCAGUGACCGGAGGCAGAAGGCGUUUGACCAAGAUCAGCAUGGCCAGGAAGGACAAUAUUAUAGAAGCUCUUCUGCCGAACGAGAAGAAGGCCCUGGAAGGAAGACUGAUACCACAGCUAAGUCUACAAUCAGAAGCAAAGUCUUAAAAAGUAUCCCCGAAGGAGAUAAACUUUCAGAUGAAGGCCUGCUCCAAAACAUCCCGAUUGACUUCACCAACUUCCCUGCUCAGAUUGAUCUUCCCCAAAGCAAUAAUGGCAUGGAGGACAGUGACCUGGUUCAGACGCCUAGAGGUCUCAGUGACUUGGAGACUGGGAUGUAUGCUCUGUUAGGAGUCUUCUGCCUUGCCAUUCUUGUCUUCCUAAUCAAUUGUGCCACUUUCACAUUGAAGUACCGUCACAAGCAACUUCCCAUGGAAGGGCAGACCCCCAUGAGCCAUUCUCAUGAUUGGGUGUGGCUUGGAAAUGAAAUGGAGCUGCUUGACAACCAAGCAGACAUCUCACCUCCACCAGAUGAGUGCACCACAGACAUAGACCAAGGGAUAGGCUUUGACGCAGGCAAUAGUCUCCUUGACGGCACACCAAAAAACUUCCCAAGCCAAACCUGUCAGAAAGCUGACUUGGGGGACAAACAAAAGAGGGAACUGAAGGAUCCACUCUCUUUGCAUUCACCUGCCUCUAAGCGGAAGCGGGUCAAGUUUAUGACGUUCACCACCAUCCCUCCAGAUGACGCUUGUCCAACCAUCAAUUCCAUCCUCAAUUGCAAUGAAGACGACAUUAAAUGGGUUUGCCAAGAAAGGGACCGGGAAGAAUCAAAAGAGAUCAGAAACUACAUGGAGAAACUGAAAGACAAAGUGUAGCAUCGCUUCUGGGUUUUAAGGGUAAACAGCCACACCUUGAUGCCUUCCCAUGCAUUGAAACAUGUGAAUAAACAAACAUGCAUGAGCUGGAGUGGAAACUGAAUAGAUGAAAUACAGGACCAAGUUUCAUAAUCCGGGAGAGGCAUUCUUCGCUAAGCCCAGCUAGGUGGCAGUAUCUAAUCAAGCUGGACCGAUUGCAGAAAACUAAUCAGAGUUUGACCUGGUUAGUACUUGGAGGGGACAUCACCAGGAUGUUCUGGGGCUGUAGGCUAACCAGGGAAGUAAAAAUAAAUCCAGAAAGAGACAACGGCAAGCUAUUUCGGUGCUGUUGCCAGUGAAAUUACGUGGAUGUUUUCAUAAAAGGCCAUUCCAUUUUUAUUAUUUGCUAAAGCUGCCCAUAGUAAGGGAUGCUACUCACAUGUUUCUAGGGUCAAAUAGAAGUUCCCAAGGAAUGGUGGGCGCAUUGGUGGGGCGAGCUGACAUUAUGAAUCAGAAGGUGAGGUUUUCAGAGAUCGUUACGUGCAAGGUAAUCAAAAGUAUUCUUUUUGGAAAGAAAACAAGGGGGUGGGGGGACAAACUCUUUUAUAUUUCUUGUAAAGGUUUGGAGAGCCUUGAGAGGGAGAUCUAAGGAGACACUGACCUUGAGAGAGUAAUCAUGGUUGACUUACCAUUCCUUGAGCUGGAGAGAGACUGGGAUGAUGGAAUGAGAUCAGGAUCAUUUUUGCAUUUUUCUUUUUAAGGGCCACAUACUGAACUUUGUCACUUCCCCCCACCCCCCUUUCUUUCCAUAACAUAGCCUUCCUGCAAGUCAGAUGGGACUUUUUAAAUAAUUAUUUUACAGGUAUUCCAAUCCAAGAGCUUCCCUCUGGACCCAAAAUAACAUUUUCAACUUAAAGGGUCUUGCCACCUGGAGCAAGGAAAUUCUAUCUAGGCACAGGUGGAGCCGUGUUCACAAGAUCCUGUUGCUUCCAUCUGAAUGACAAAAGCAAUAUCUCAGCACUGCACCAUAGGCUCCAUCCCCUUUGGGUCACGUGUGUGACGUCACCGUGCCCAUAGGAAAGGGGUGGGGCUUGUGUCAGGACAGCCCAACCUUGCUUUCAUCGGCCUAACCGCCAGUGGGUAGAUAGAACAGCGAACCCUGAUUGGCUAGCCUUAUAGCCAGUCAGCACCACUUGACACUGAGCAUUGUCCAAUCCACAUCGAUGCCUAACUCUGAAGUUUUUUCACUCCCUCAAAGGUGAACCAAUGGGUUGUUUGAGUGAAUGGAGCUGUUCUGGAAACUGGGAGGAAUUUCCUGCUUAGGAGACCAACAAGCUUGAAAUUAGUUCAUUCUAAGUAGAGCAGAAACCAUGAUAUUCCAGCUUUUAAUUCUGGUCAUCCUUCACUUGAAACAAAAGUCAGUCAUAUUUCAGUGGACUGGCUGGCUGGAUUCAUAUAACCCACUGAACCAGAUCCGGUAAAAUCUGUGGGACUGCGUUUACAUUUGUUCAACUUGGUUGGCGUUAACCUUUGUUAGCUCUCUCUUUGUGUAGUCUAGCCUAUUCACCUAGCCACCACUGGGUUAAUUUAUGGCUGGAAGUGUUGUAUGAGCUCAGAAAAAUUGGUUAAUUCAAGAACCAGGUUAAACUUGUGUGAAUGAAGCCUUCACUGCUCCCUUCUGAAAGCUUUCCAGGCUGCCUGCUAAGUAGAAACAUACUCUGUCAAUCAUCAUUUCAGAUACUUGAAUGCCUCAUUGCAUUUUAUUUGUGCUCAGUUUGGAUUUCCCCCCCCCACUCCCCGCAACUUGUCUGUUUUACUUCUUUUCUUUGGGAUGACCUGGAUGGGUCCUGACACCUCAUAAUGUAGACCAACUUUUUAACAAGACUUGCCUAGUAUUCACUGUAAACUGAAUGAAUGUAAUAUUUAUUUCUAUGUGUCCACAGCUGUAAUUAAAAUGUUUCCAUGGCUUGGUUAAGUAAAUUUGAUUGGAAGAGGUUCAUUCGGGUCAAAUCAAACCCAUGUUCUUUUCCCAGGAAAAACACUGUUUGUUCCUAAGUUCUGGUUAAGGUCAUAUUAAAAAUACUGACUGGGUCAUCAGCAGUUACACGCUGCUGAUGCUCAGGAAUGAGUUAACUGAGAAUCCCAUGGUUGUUAAACAGAUCAUGUGGUUGUUAAGUGAAUCCAGCUUCCCCCAUUGACUUUGCUUAUUGGAAGCCAGCUGGGAAGGU